GGGGGGGGUGUUUCUAGGCCAUUGCACAGAGGGGGCAGGGGGAGAAUUCCCCCUCCAGGGGCAGGAGAAAGAGGAGGCGCUGCUGCUGCUGCUGCUGCAGAGGCAGAGAUGGUGGCUGGUGCAAAGAGGGGGCUUCGCUUGCAGCCGCCGCCUCCCCUCUCUGGGCUGAUGCGUUUGUCCUUCCUCUUGCCCUGCGAAGAUCCAGAGGACUGAGGAGGAGGAGGAGGAAAAAGGAGGAAGAAGAAGAAGAAGGAGGAGGAGAGGAAAGGGGACGCGCCCGCCCGCCUCUUCCAUGGAGGGUCCCUUCUUCGCUCAUUCAUUUCUGGAGCUGCGUCUCAGGAGCUGCAAAACGAGGCUGCUGCCCUUGCGAGGGAAGCUGGGCGAGAGGUAGAGAGGAGGCGAGGAGAAAACAACUUCGGAGGACAUUUUCCUUUUCCUUUCUUUUUUUGCAAGGAGGCUUCUUCACAACAAGGACCCCAAACCUUCCCCACCCCUUUCCCUCCCCUCCCUCCCAGCACCCCCUCACCCAUGCCACAUUCUGGGCUUGUGUGUGCAUUUCUUUGCUUAAUUUAUUCCCCCCUCUGCCCUGCCCUCUCUCUGCACGACAGCUUUGUGUUAUGGGGUAUAUGUGUGUAUAUAUGUAUGCAUAUACAUACAUAGAUAUAUAUAUGUCCCCUGUGUUUCCCCCCAAGAAAUAAUUAAGAACCCCCUUUUUUUUAUUUAAAUGAUCGAACUGGACCUUGGCACUGCACAUUUUUAAUUUAUUUUUUCAAGAUUCUGAGGAGCGAGGAAACCCAAGCGCAGGAAAGAGAAAAGCAACUGAUUUGAGAGGAUAAGUUGGUCUCAUCUCCCUCUCUCUUCCUUUGCUACUUAAAGAGAAAAGGCCGCAGCAGCGUAAAAGCCCCAUAUUUUAUUCCGUCUGUGUUGUGAGUGUGUCUCUCUCUCGCUGCAAACAGAAGAACAGCUGGUAAAACUGGAUUAUAAGGAUGUUUUGAUCUGUGUUUUGCAGUUAAGACUUUAAUAUUUGGAUGGGAAUCUCUGCCACUGUUCCACUUGGCCCUUCCGAUCCCAUUCGUAACCUUGAAAAAAGUUUUUUGGGGGGGAGAUAGAGUGGGAGAGUUAAUUUGAAAAGGAGAGUUGUCGAGCAGAAGAAGAAGAAAAGGAGGAAAAAGAAUUAAGAAGAAGAACCAGGUCCUGCAAGGGCUGGGGGACGAUGCCUGGAGAAUACAAACCCCGGGAGGUGAUGGACUGGCAGAACCCAGCCUCUUGACUGCAGGAGGAGAAAUCACUUUUGCCUUGUUGUCUCUCUCUUCCUGGGGAGCGGGAAGGAAGACUUGCAGCGGAAAUCGUUUUCGCCAGGAAGAAAACGACGCCCCCCACCUCCCGCACCCAGGUAGCCAAAGACCCAGGGUGACCCCCCUGGUGUGCUGGAUUUGACCGCAAGCCAUGAACAUGAGGCCACCUCAGACUGCACUGGACAGACCAGCCAGUAAAAAGCACCCUCACCUGCCCAGGUUGAGCAGCCUGUCUUCCCUGGGCGACUCGGCUCCAGAACGGCGCUCUCCUGGCCACCGCCGUCAGCCAUCCGACUCCAGCGAAACAACAGGUUUGGUCCAGCGUUGCGUCAUUAUCCAGAAAGACCAGCAUGGCUUUGGCUUCACCGUCAGUGGGGACAGGAUCGUCUUGGUGCAAUCUGUACGGCCAGGGGGGGCCGCCAUGAAGGCUGGCGUUCAGGAGGGUGACCGGAUUGUCAAAGUGAACGGGACGAUGGUGACCAACAGCUCCCACCUGGAAGUCGUGAAGCUCAUAAAAUCCGGUGCUUACGUCGCCCUCACCCUCUUGGGCUCCCCUCCUGCCUCCGUGGGGUUUCUGGGCUCCCAGCAGGAUGGGCACCAGCCGGGGGCUCCUCAGGUCACACCUGCGUGCCCCCCUCCGCCCCCUCCGCCGCCACUGCCUCCGCCGCAGCGCAUCACGGGGCCAAAGCCACUGCAGGAUCCAGAAGUCCAGAAGCACGCAACACAGAUUCUCCGCAACAUGCUGAGGCAGGAGGAGGCAGAGCUGCAGCGAUGCUACGAAGCCUACAAUCGGAAUCCGGCUUCCCUGAUCGAAGAGCAGAUUGAAGGAGCUCGCCGGAGAGUCAACCAGCUGCAGCACAAGAUCCGCCAAGAGACAGGAGGGUUUCUGGAUUCCACCACCCGGCUCUUCAGUGACUUCAGCGGCUCCCGAGUCACCGAUGGGCGCCUCUCCUUGGAUUCUCAGGACGGCGACAGUGGCAUGGACUCUGGCACAGAGCGGUUCCCCUCCGUCAGCGAGAUCUCCCUGAACCGGAAUUCGGUCCUGUCCGACCCCGGCUUGGACAGCCCCCACACUUCCCCAGUCAUCACGUCCAGAAUGUUCCAGCACCAUCGGCGCCAGGGCUCAGACACGCCGUUCUCCCCCUCCGCAGAACAGGGCUCGGAUCGGACGCUGAGGCCGCUCAUCAUUGGUCCAGAGGAAGAUUACGACCCGGGAUACUUCAACAAUGAGUGUGACUCCCUCUUCCAGGAUUUAGGGAGGCUGAAGACACGGCUGGCGCACCUGGGCGUCUUCUUACGCUACAUCUUCUCUCAGGCUGACCCGAGUCCUCUGCUGCUGUACUUGUGCGCAGAUGUUUGCCAGCAGAUGAGCCCCAAGGAAGCCCGGGGACUCGGGAAGGACAUUUGGAACAUCUUCCUGGAGAAAACUGCGCCUCUGAGAGUCAAGGUCUCUGAUCAGUUGUUGGCUGAGAUAGACUCCUGCCUGCGAAAUGGGGAGGACGUCCGGAGCAUUUUCGUAGAAGCCCAGGAGGCCGUCAUGCCCGAGAUCCAGGAGCAGAUCCAGGAUUACAGGACCAAGCGCACGAUGGGCCUGGGAAGCUUGUAUGGGGAGAAUGACUUGAUGGACCUUGACGGAGACCCCCAGAAGGAGCGCCAGGUGGCCGAGAAGCAGAUCGCUCAGCUUGGAGACAUCCUAUCCAAAUACGAAGAGGACAGGAGCGCCCCCAUGAGCUUCGCCUUGAACACCUACAUGGGCCAUGUGGGGAUCCGUCCGCGAGAGGCCCGUCCCGUCAGCGUGGUGGAGAAGUCCCAGGCGCAGGAGAAAGACAAGUGGCUGCCGUUCUUCCCCAAGGCCAAGAAGAGCAGCAGCACCAAGAAGGAUAAGGACGCCAUGGAGGACAAGAAGCGGAACCCUAUCCUCAAGUACAUUGGGAAGCCCAAAAGCUCCUCCCAGAGCACAUUUCAUGUCCCCUUGUCCCCUGUUGAAGUUAAACCCGGGAACGUGAGGAACAUCAUCCAGCACUUUGAGAACAACCAGCAUUAUGACUCGCAGGAUCCUGGCCUGCAGCGCCUCUCCACCGGCAGCUUCCCUGAGGACCUCCUGGAGUCGGACAGUUCCAGGUCGGAGGUCAAACUCGGCCGGUCGGAGAGCCUGAAGGGCCGGGAGGAGCUCAAGAGGUUGCGCAAAGCAGAGAACGUGCCUCGCUCCCGCAGCGACGUGGACAUGGACGCCGCGGCUGAGGCCACCCGCCUCCACCAGUCGGCCUCUUCUUCUGCGUCCAGCCUCUCUGCCAGGUCUCUGGAAAACCCCACACCGCCGUACACUCCCAAAAUGGGGCGCAGAAGCAUCGAGUCCCCAAACUUGGGCUUCAGCACCGACUCCUUCCUGCCCCACCUGCUGGAAGACGACCUCUUCCAGCUCUCGGACCUGGAGCUGGAGCUGGACUCGCAAAACUGGCAGCACACCGUGGGCCGUGAAGUCGUGUCUUCCCUGACGCAGCGGGAGAUCGACCGCCAGGAAGUCAUCAAUGAGCUGUUUGUGACAGAGGGCUCUCACUUGCGGAUCCUGCGUGUCCUGGACGUUCUCUUCUACCAGCGCAUGAGAAAGGAGAGUCUUCUUUCCCGGGAGGAGGUGGCCCUCCUCUUCCCCAACCUCCCAGAGGUCUUGGAGAUCCACAAUUCUCUUUCGGAAUCAAUGAAGAGGCUGCGAGAGGAAGGGCCUAUCGUCAAGGAGAUUGGGGACCUUAUGCUUUCCCGGUUUGACGGGACUGCCCGCGAGGAGUUCCAGCAGAUGGCUGCCCGCUUCUGCGCAUACCAGUCCAUGGCGCUUGAGCUGAUCAAAACCAAGCAGCGGAAGGAGACUCGCUUCCAGCUCUUCAUGCAGGAAGCCGAGAGCAACCCUCAGUGCCGCCGCCUCCAGCUCAAGGACCUCAUCAUCUCAGAGAUGCAGCGGCUGACGAAGUACCCGUUGCUGCUGGAGAACAUCAUCAAGCACACAGACGGGGAGACCUUGGAGCACAAGAAGCUUUGCCAGGCCCGGGACCAGUGCCGAGAGAUCCUCCGGUACGUGAAUGAGGCGGUGAAGCGGGCAGAAAACCAGCAGCGCCUGGAGGUUUACCAGAAGCGCCUAGAUGCCACUUCGCUGGAGCGGACCAGCAACCCGCUGGCUGCAGAAUUCAAGAACCUCGACCUCCGAAGUCGUCGCAUGAUCCACGAGGGCCCUCUGAGUUGGCGCAUCAGCAAGGAUAAGACUGUGGAUCUGCACGUCUUGCUCCUUGAAGACCUUCUGGUACUUUUGCAAAAACAGGACGAGAAGUUGGUUCUCAAGUGUCACAGCAAGAUGGCGCUGGGCUCCUCAGACACCAAACAAACGUUCAGCCCCGUCCUCAAACUGAACGCGGUCCUCAUCCGCUCCGUGGCAACAGAUAAGCGAGCGCUCUUCAUCAUCUGCACUUCUGAAUUGGGGCCCCAGAUCUACGAACUGGUAGCUUCGAGCUCUUCAGAGAAGAACACGUGGAUGGAACUAUUGGAAGAGGCGGUGAAGAGCGCCACCCGGAACGCCCCCCUGCCUGCCAAGCGGCAUUCCCAGGAGCUCCCCCUGCACCCAGCUGCUCCUUCCAGCCUAGUACUCCAGGAUGCUGACAUCUCCCCCAACCUGGCCCCAAGCACCUCUGCGUCUACCCAGGAGGAGGACAUUUCAGACGAUACCCCAACGGACGCCCUGGCUGAGGAGAGACCCCUGGCACUGGCAGAAGAGCCAGAGGAUGGAGGCAGCGAGGAAAAGGAGCAGGAUGGGGAUGGCCUCUGCCCUGCUUUGUCGACGUUCCCCACUGGGGAGAUGGAGCUUCCUCCUGAGGAGACCCUGGAGGGGCCUGAUGAACAGUCGCAGCCACUUCCGGAGGCUGCCUUUCCCGGCUUCCUGGCAGAGUCCGCCUUGCAGGACGUCGAGACCCUGCGCCAUCUCCUCCUGCGCAGCUUCCUCCCUUGCCGGGACGCUGACCCUGAGGAGGACCUGACCCCCACCCCUUCUGUGGUCGGGGCCGGCCAGCCUUGGGACUCUGCGCUGGCCAGUCAGGACUCGGGCAGCCAGGAGGAGCCGUCUGGGGAGAGCAGGGCAGCCGUGGAACUCCCCGAAUCUGCAGCAGCGGAUCCAGAAGGGGCCAGUGCUGGCCUGGAGGCUGGAGGCUCCCAGAGCACCGAGGAAGGGGAAGGGACAGAGCCUCGGGGAGACGAGAGGACAACAGGCGCCUCCUCCGGCCAAGGGGCUGCUGCAGAAAGUGACCGGCAGGGCAGCAGCAGCAGCAGCUACAAAGUGGUGCGGAAAGCAGAGGUGGAGGGAACUAACGGUGCUUUGCCUUUGACAGACGGCAGCCAGGCUGGUGGCACGGCUCAUGCGGAUGGGAACUACUUCUACGUGAGCUUGCCGGCGGGUCCCGAGGAAUGCCAGCCGGACGCCAGGAGCCCUAGCCCCGUGGAGCCAGCCCGUCCUUCCAGCCCACCAAAGAGCUCCCCUCCUGCUGCCAGGCCGCCCCACAGGUGGCACCGUGCCAAGGAGAGCCUGGCAGCAGGCUGGCUUGGCCACUUGGAAGGCCCGCCAGCCGCCCCAGAUCUCUCCCCCUCCAGCCAAGUGGUCUGGGAUGUGGACGUCAUCUUCCAGACGAUAGAACAGCUUUCCCUGAAGCUCACCAGGCUAAAGGAUGUUGAGAAGGCCCACCAGGAGCUGCUACAAUCCCUGAGUGGCGGCUCUACCACAGACAGUUCCACGCCGGUGGGCUGCGUGCCGCCGGAUCUGAGCCAGCCGCUGCCGGGCAGCCGCCGAGUCUCCAGAGCCAGCGAUGAGGACCUUCUGCCCUCCCCACAAUCUCCGGCGGAGGCAGCAUCUGCGUUGGGCCAGAUCUCCCUUUCUGAAGACAGCCCCCAGGAGGUGACCCUUUAGGAAGGGGCAUUUUGCAACUGGACGGACUGAAGGCAGCAGGCGGACUCGCUCGCGGGCAGAUCGCCGCCCCCUCCUCUUCCCUGCCCACUUUGGGGGUCUCUGGGUUGAACUGAGGAGGGGGCGGGGGUCCUGUAGCGGCCCACGUUAGAAACGGCAAGACCUGCGAUGGCGCAGAAGGAAAACUGGAAUCCCUGGAAAGCACAUGCUGGAUUAAUCUGAACCCUGGAAAGAAAGAAUAUCUGUGGAGUUCUCCCCGUCAGGGGCUUCCCAGGAGGGACAGCCAAGCUCCCGGAGAGUGUUGGGGGGGGCUUAAGGUGGAGAGAGCCCCCGCUUCUCUCUCUCUCUCUCUCUCUCUGCCUGCAUGUCUCUUCCAUUUUGGGUAGGGGGUAGCUUCCAUUUGCUCCCCCCCCCAACCGCUGAAUCAAUCGCGUACAUAUGCACACCUGCAUAUGCGCCCCACAGACUGGCUUUUCCAAUGUACAUGAAAGCUGGAAAUAUAUUCUGUAUAAUUGCACUUUUUUUCCAUUUUGUUUAUUUUUGUUUUUCUCUCCACGGUGAGGAAGACCCCGUCCCCUCUGGAGAGAUUCCCCAGCUGCUUCCAGACCUUAUUUGAUAUAAAUAUGUAUGUAUAUGCAUUGAGUUAUUGUAAAUAUAUGAGAAAGUUGUUGGGUUUUUUUUAAA